UGCCUCAAGUUGGUAAAAGCUAUAAUCUCUAGUGGCAAACACCAUCCAAAUAAACAAUGACCCUUAAGGGUCCAUUGUUGCCUUCAAAAGCAACCUAAUAAUAUUCUCUCAAAUAUCAACUAAUCACCAUGCGUCAUUCCCUCUCUUCCUUUUAUACAAUCUUUCUCUAGUCCCCAUGCACCUCUCAUCCAACAAAAUUACAGACCUGAGACCCCCAUUGUAAAAAACUGACACAUUUUUCUUUUAUUUCCAGGGGUGGUGUCCAUAGUUAUCUUCCUUCCUUCUCUGCUGCGAGUUCCAAUGGAGAGAUUCCAUUUCUUGUACUUGAAGGUUUUCUUGGCCUUGAUAUUCACUGCAGUGGUUUUUGCAACUGAUCCUUACUCUGAGGCGCUUUUGAGCUUAAAAUCUGAACUCACUAAUGAUAGUAACAGUUUGGCUGACUGGUUACUGCCUUCUGGAGGGAACCCAUCAGAGAAAAUUCACGCCUGUUCUUGGUCUGGUGUCAAGUGCAACACGAAUUCCACAGUUGUUAUUGGUCUGGACCUUUCUGCCAAGAAUCUUGGUGGUGCAUUGCCGGGGAAGCAUUUUGGUGUCUUUACUGAGCUUGUUGAUCUCAACGUUAGUUACAAUUCAUUCUCUGGGAAUCUUCCUGUGGAAAUCUUUGACCUGACCAAUCUGAGAAGCUUAGAUUUCAGCAGAAACAAUUUUUCUGGCCAAUUUCCAGGUGGAAUCUCCGGUCUUCAAAACCUUGCUGUGCUUGAUGCUUUUAGUAACAGCUUUUCAGGGCCAUUGCCAGUUGAAGUUUCCCAGCUUGACAAUCUAAAGAUUCUCAAUCUAGCUGGAAGUUAUUUUGAGGGACCAAUUCCACCAGAGUAUGGUUCUUUCAAGAGCCUUGAGUUUAUUCACUUGGCAGGUAAUUUCCUCAGUGGUAAAAUACCAACAGAAAUGGGCAGACUCCAGACAGUGACCCACAUGGAAAUUGGCUACAAUUCCUAUCAAGGAGGUAUCCCCUGGCAAUUGGGCAACAUGAGUGAGCUUCAAUAUCUUGAUAUAGCUGAUGCAAAUCUCUACGGCUCAAUACCAGAGCAUCUCUCCAACCUCACCAAGCUCCAGUCGGUAUUCCUUUUCAAAAACCACCUCACCGGAUUGGUCCCAUGGGAGUUUAGCAAAAUUGUGCCGCUUAGUAGCUUAGAUCUUUCCGAUAAUCAACUUUCUGGGCCAAUACCAGAGAGUUUUGGAGAGUUAAAGAAUCUUAGGCUGCUAAGUCUCAUGUACAAUGAAAUGAAUGGCACUGUACCUCAAGGCAUCGCACAGCUUCCAUCACUGGACACUCUCCUAAUAUGGAAUAAUUUAUUCUCUGGGUCUCUUCCACAGGACUUGGGCAAGAACUCAAAGCUCAGAUGGGUGGAUGUUUCCACCAACAAUUUGGUGGGCAGCAUUCCACCAGAUAUUUGUGCAGGAGGUGUACUAUUCAAGUUGAUCCUGUUUUCCAAUAAUUUUACUGGCAGUCUUUCACCUUCCAUUUCCAAUUGUUCUUCGCUUGUGCGUCUUCGAAUUGAAGACAAUUCCUUCUCAGGUGAGAUACCACUGAAAUUCAGCCAUCUUCGCGACAUCACAUAUGUGGACUUCUCCAGGAACAGGUUUACUGGCGGUAUUCCCAAAGAUAUCUUUCAAGCUUCAAAGCUUGAAUACUUCAAUAUCUCCAAUAAUCCAGGUUUUGGAGGUAUCAUCCCAGCACAAACAUGGUCUUUGCCACUUCUCCAAAACUUCUCAGCAUCAGCUUGUAAUCUCUCAGGCAACUUUCCCCCCUUCCAUUCUUGCAAGUCUGUUAUUGUUAUUGAGUUGUACAAGAACAACCUAGCAGGGAAUAUCCCAGUAAGUAUUUCUCAUUGCCAGGCUCUUAGGAAGAUGGAUUUAGCUAAUAAUAAGUUUACAGGCAACAUGCCUGAGGAGCUUGCGAAUCUUCCAGAUUUAACUUUCAUAGACUUAUCACACAAUAACUUUAGUGGUCCAAUCCCACGAAAGUUUGGUGACUCUUCAAGCCUAGUACUUUUCAAUGUGUCAUUUAACGAUAUCUCUGGAUCCAUUCCCCCCAGCAAAGCGUUUAGAUUGAUGGGUCGCAGUGCAUUUGUCGGAAAUCAAAAGCUUUGUGGAGAACCCCUGCGGCCAUGUCAUGAUUCAAUGGCAAUACUCGGCAGCAAAGGCAAAAGGAAGCUUACAUGGGUUCUUCUACUGUGUGCAGGGGUGGUCAUGUUCAUUGUAGCAUCAGCUUUUGGGAUCUUCUAUAUUCGAAAGGGAAGUAAAGGCCGAUGGAAAAUGGUCUCCUUCAGUGGACUCCCUCAAUUCACUGCAAAUGAUGUUUUGAGGAGCUUUAGUUCCACAGAGUCAAUGGAUGCUGCGCCUCCUCUAUCAGCUUCUGUUUGCAAAGCAGUUCUGCCUACGGGAAUAACAGUUUCAGUGAAAAAGAUUGAAUUUGAAGCAAAGAGAAUGAAGAUUGUGACAGAAUUUGUAACUCGAAUGGGAAAUGCAAGGCACAAAAAUUUGAAUAGAUUACUGGGAUUUUGUUACAACAAACAACUAGCUUAUCUCUUGUAUGACUACUUGCCUAAUGGAAAUUUAGCUGAGAAAAUUAACGUGAAAAGGGAUUGGGCAGCCAAGUACAAACUUGUGAUUGGCAUUGCAAGGGGACUUUGCUUCCUUCACCAUGACUGUUAUCCGCCAAUGCCCCAUGGAGAUUUGAGGUUGAGUAAUAUACUGUUCGACGAAAAUAUGGAACCCCAUUUGGCUGAAUUUGGGAUUAAGUGCCUUGCAGAAAUGACUAAAGCCUCAUCUCCAGCAUCAAUUUCCAUGAGAGAAACAGGUGAAUUCAAUUCCACCAUAAAAGAGGAGCUUUACAUGGAUAUAUACAAUUUUGGAGAGAUUAUUAUGGUGAUCUUGACUAGUGGUAGGCUGAUAAAUGCUGGAGGAAGCAUACAGAGCAAGCCUAAGGAGGUACUUUUAAGAGAAAUUUAUGAUGAAAAUGAAGCUGGUUCUUCUGAAUCAACAAGAGAGGAGAUCAAAAUGGCUCUUGAAGUUGCUUUGCUCUGUACAAGAAGCAGGCCAGCUGAUAGGCCAUCUAUGGAAGAUGCACUAAAGCUUCUAUCAGGGUUCAAGUCACAGAGAAAAUAACAGAACUGAUGAAGCCAUAUAGUAAUACUGUCAAUUUCACAUUAUCAGAUUAAUGGAUAUUAUAGAUAUAACGAGUAGCUAGCUGAUAUGAGUGUGAUUCUGUUUGAUAUGGAUCAUAGUCUGUUUGUUGGGAGAUUAUUUAGUGCACAUGCACCCUCACUCACGUUCAUGUGGGGUUCGCUUUACUUAAAUUAAGGAAGACUCACAUUUUUGUGAGUAAGGGAGCAUUACACCCAGUGUAUACAAUUGCCUUAUUUGUGUAGUGAUUACCAAAUAUGUUUUCCUAUAAUAUAGUGGCCUAUAAGCUUGUGUA